GGGCCCCUAUCCAACGAGGCAUGGGGCGGUCAGCCCGUGUCAGAGGGCCAGAUGAGGUGGUCAGAGCAGGCUCAUCAAAACCGCCCUGCUGCCCACGCAGCAACCCUUUCCUCUCUGCUUGCAAGGCUUCCUGAUCCUCUCUCAAGUCCCAGCCCCGGCCUUCGUGCCUCGUCGCUCUUUUGUUUAUACUACUAUAACGAUAAUAUCUCCCGCUUCACUCAUUCAGCGGGCUUUUCUUUGAACUAAUAUCUCUCUGUCCUGUCCUUCGUGGUCGUCACAAUGAAGGGCGCUAUCGCUGCCGCUUCGGUGGCUCUUGUGGCAUCUGCCGCCGCCGCUGCACACAACAAUCAUGCUGCGUUCCACCUUCGCAGGCACGCAACUCCGGAGGUCUGCACGGUGUACACCACUAUCUAUGUGUCCCCGACCGAGGUUCCCACCCCCGUAGUCAACACCACGGUCCUCGUUUCCCCUACUCCCGUGGUGGAAACCUCCUCGAGCAGCACUUGCACCGAGAAGGAGACUCCGGCUCCCGCUCCCCCUGCGGAGUAUCCUGCCCAGUCUCCUCCAGCACCGGCUCCCGAACCUCCCAAGGAGACCUAUGUUGCCGGUCCUCCUCCUCCCCCUCCAGCUGAGCAGCCCAAGCCAUCCAAGCCCGCUCAGGAGCAACCCAAGCCGUCUAAGCCUGCCCAGGAGCAGCCCAAGCCCAGCUCCCCCGCCACUCCUCCUCCCAGCUACCACGGCGGCGGCCGCAUCGUGACCAACGGCAACAAGUGGGCCAUGACCUACACCCCUUACACGCGUGACGGCCAGUGCCGCUCCCCCGCCCAGGUCAAGGAGGACAUCGCCAACAUCGCACGCCUCGGCUUCACGACGAUCCGCAGCUACAGCACCGAUUGCGGCGUGUUCGAAAACGUGGUGCCCGAAUGCCAGAAGCACGGCAUCAAGGUCAUCUACGGCAUCUUCCUCGAGGGCGGCGGCAGCGGCGGCCGGGGCGCCUUCUCGAGCUACGCCAACAACCAGCUCAACGAGAUCAUCCAGAAGGCGCCCAAGGACAGCGUCGCCAUGAUCAUCGUCGGCAACGAGGCCCUCUUCAACAACUACGCCACCCCCCAGGAACUCGCUUCUUACAUCACCCACGUCAAGCAGCAGCUCACCGGCGCCGGGUUCCCCAGCGACAUCGCCGUCACCACGACCGAGCCCGUCGGCACGUGGGAGCAGAAGGGCAAGGCCCUGUGCGGCGCCAUUGACGUCUUCGCCGUCCAGAUCCACCCGUACUUCACCAGUUCCGUCAGCGCGUCCGAAGCUGGCAGCUUCGCGGCCCAGCAGCUCGAGCAGGCGGCCAAGGUCUGCCCUGAGGCCGCUUCUAGGGGCAAGUACAUCACGGAGAUUGGGUGGCCCAAGGCGGGUCGCGCCAACGGUGCGGCGCAGCCUGGUGUCGAGCAGCAGAAGACUGCUAUUAAGGAUAUCCUGGGCAAGGUGGGCAAGGAGUCGAUCCUGUUCAGCUACCAGGAUGAUUACUGGAAGAACCCUGGUGAGUAUGGCGUUGAGCAGAGCUUUGGCUGCAGUGAGGCUUUGGCUUAAAUGAUGGCGGUGGACGCUGGGGUCUAGGCUCUGGGGUUCGGAGGGAGAAGAAGACGUGUGUGGUUGGUGUUAAUCCAGGAUUGUUGUGAGGGAGUUGGGAGGGUGAGAGUGUUGUGAUAGG